AUGUCAGCCCUCAAUCUUGAAAGUGAAUGCAAAGAGAUUCAUGACUCUUGGGGACAGCUAAACCAAUUGGCUCUGGCUUUGGCUGGCCGAACCCGGCUUGAAAGGCAACAGAUUAGAGAAACUUACAAGGCAAUAUAUGGAGAGGACUUGGGAAACAGACUCCAAAAGGCAGAGCAAAUGGCUGACAACAGAAAACAGGCAGCUGCUGGUGUUGGGGUUUCACCAAAAUUAUGUGCAGCCUUGUCCAUGUGGAUGAAAGAGCAGCACGAACGCGAUGCAAUUGUGGCUCGGGUGGCCCUUGAUGAUCAGCAAGGUGACACAAACUAUAGCGCUCUUGUAGAGAUUUUUGUUGGUCGAAAAUCAAGUCAAAUCCUUCUCAUCAAACAAGCAUAUCAGAGAAGAUUUGGGAGGCAGUUGGACCAAGAUAUCAUCCAUAUUGAGCCUCCCCAUCCUUACCAAAAGAUACUGGUGGCAUUGGUUGCAUCCCACAAGGCACACCAAGCAGAUAUUAGCCAACAUAUCGCCAAGUCGGAUGCACGGAGGCUCUACGAAACAGGGGAGGGGAGUUCAGGGCCCAUAGAAGCUGUUGUACUAGAAAUACUAAGCAAACGGAGCAUUCCACAGCUUAAACUUACAUUUUCUUGCUAUAAACACAUCUAUGGACACGAGUAUACAGAGUACCUGAAGACCAGAAACUCUGGAGAAUUUGAAAACGCAAUGAAAACAGUCGUCCAAAGCAUCUACAGACCAGCUACCUAUUUCGCUACGAUAUUGUAUGCAAGCAUCAAGGGGUCCAUGACCGAUAAAGGCGCAUUGACACGUGUGAUGGUGAACAGAGCUGAAGUAGACAUGGAUGAAAUUCAAAGGGAGUUUAAAAGGCAGCAUGGGAUUGAACUCAGAGAUGCAUUAUGUGAAAGUGACAAAAUCCCAUCUGGGGAUUACAGAGACUUUCUUGUUGCCUUGACGGCCUCCAAAUGA